AAUGUGACCACUUGUGAAGCAAAAUGCAAUCUGAUUGUGGAUCAACCGGCGAGCUGGAGCCAAGCCAGAGUGACAGCGUUAAAUCAACUGAGCUUGGGAGGCAUGUAAUGCAGCAACCUAAAUUAUACACCAGUUGUCAGAAAAAUGCAACCGAUCUGGUCAAAAGAAGAUCUGGAGGAGGAGCUAAGAGAUUAUUCCGAAAGAGGCGAAGUCUUCAGUCGACGAAUGGUUUUCUAUUAGAUGACGGUGGAGCAAACAUUGCAGUUCAAUGCGGAAUCCAUUCGAACAUCGACUUUAAGUCUAAUCAAGGCGGAGGAAGUUCUUGUUCGUGGCCGUUUUCUGGAAAUGUACCGAAGGAGAACGAUAUUACUGUUGAUAGCAGUUGCAGCGAUUCAUCAAAUCACAGUCCAGGCGAGGAGGCGGUUGUACUCGAGCUUAAUCCCGACAUCUGUUGCUUGUAUUGCCCACCUGUGGUGCUUGCAGAUGGCCAGUUGCGCUCGCGAUCAGCUAACAGCGUUCAUUUUAAAGCGCAUGCUUGCUCAAGCGCCGAUGACAAGAAGACAAUGACUCCGUUUGUAUUGGAACCAGGAACAGACGAAAUCACAGUUCUGCCUCCUGAAGAUGAUUCAGAUGCGGACGAAUCGGAAGCCAAGAAGCAGUGCAUCUCUCGGUUCAAGCCAAUUUACGAAGGUGACAUACUCGUUUGUAGAAGUGCACCUUUUGCUGGAGCCCUAGGAAAGCUGCUGUGGACCAGAGUUUUCAAAAGAUGGGAGAGUUGCCGUCUCAAGUUCUUCGCUGAUCGCUUUACUUGUCAGUCGAAUGCUACUGCAAAACCUACCGAGUUAAGCACGUUCUACAGCGAUAUCAGACACAUACAGAUUUUCCCGCGCAAGCAAAAGAUAAACGAAAACAUGGAACCUGGAAGGAUCACUAGGCCAUGUAUAAGAAUUGCGUUGGCCGAUCACCAAAUUUUGCUACAAGCUAAAAAUAGCCAUAUUUGCUGCCAAUGGUUCUACACGCUACAUUGGAGAAACAGGCUUGCUCAUGGCAGAUUGCUACUUCUUCAAGCUGAAAGCUUCGACCGAGUACGAGCCGAGUUGUUAAGCUUAGUAGAGUAUGUUCUCCUGUGUCGGAUUUCACACGAAGAGGUGAAAGUCUCAGUUCUUGAAGUUCUAUCAGAGUUUCUCUGCUCAGACAACAAAAACGUCGUUCAAUCCGUACCCAUUAUCGAAGUAGUAAACAUCAUCCAACCGUUGCUACUGUGUGUUGAAAACUACAUACUCUCAGACGAAAUGUGCAAGUAUUUAUCCCGGUUCUUUGUCCAAUGCCCCAAAACUUCUCACCUACUUGAUGUGUUUGUUCCGUUGAUUCAGCAGCUACUGAAACAUAAUAGUGAUUUUGGUAAGAGACCUCAAGUCCGAGAUUUCAUUGCUGACUUCUUUCUAGCAUUGAUGAAUUUGCCGGAAUUCGAAGAACAAGUCGAUUCGUUCGUAGAGACAGCCCAUGGACCCAAUGCGACAUGUCCGCAUAUAAGAGUGCUGAGCAAUCUAGUAGCAGUAUGUCUAGCUUCUCUACAGCUAUGCAGAAAUCGCUCUGAUUUCGUGUACGAUGGGAUUCGAAUCUCAAAACCUAUCGAGAAAUCUGCCAACAACUUCGAGGACAGAUACUCUGAGGAGCAGAACGAAUACGCAGACGUCAUCAAAAUGGGAAUCUGCGCCAGUGAGUCAAACCUGGAUUCGGACAAUGACCUUUCGAACUCGAAUGGGAACCUAAACGACGAAGAGGUGGUUGCUUCUGAAUCGGAACAGAGAACCAUUAAGUGUUUCCUGGCGAUUCUCAAAUCGAUUUGUUUUUAUGAAGACUGGCGGUACAGUUUGGCGCCUUUAUUGCAACCGAUUCCCUUCGCUAAGGCGGCACUUGUGUGCGACUCCUUCGUAAACGGCGUGGCUCCAAUCAUUGCUUCAUUCGCCGGUGACUCGCGAUGUGAAGUGCACACAUGCGUGCUAGGAGUCCGAGACGGCAAACUGGGAUGGUUCCACCUGUUCGCGCCUGGAGGACUCCUUGCGGACGAUGCAAAUGACGGAAGUCUUUUCUGCUCGAUGCUAAGCGCAUUGAUAAAUUGUUGCUAUAAGAGAAAGAAAUUCAUCCUCUAUCUGGCGACAUACUUUCUGUCUCCGAUACUCUUGAUGGCAUCGAAAGGCAAUACCGAUAUGAUGGAUCUAUUGUGUCUGAUGUUGCAGCUCGAGAUCUUAGACUCAGCUGAUGUCAGAGUAGAAGUGAUCUCAACCUUGGAGAGCAGCAAAGCUGGCCACGAGCGUUACUCACAAACGUGCGAGGAAAUCUCCAAGUUCAAAGAACUCCAAUCUAAAGGAGGUCCAACAAUGCUCUCUCUCCCACCCAAGUCCACAGACCAACAUCUCGCACAGGUUCUGAAGUCCGGCUAUUUUGGCAACCUGGAGUCGCUCAGUCUGGCAUUCACGAAUGUGAGCAGUGCUAGUGGAGAUCUCAUUUCGAAGCUGAGGAGUCUGAAGUAUUUGAACUUGUGGGCGACUAGCUUCGGAGACCUGGGAUUGCAGAUGAUUGCGGACAAUUUGCUCAAUCUGCAGGUGUUGAAUCUGUGCGAAACUCCAGUUACGGACAAGGGACUAGCUUCUCUGAAGCACAUCAAAUCACUGCGACGACUGAAUCUGAACAGCACCAAACUAACUGCGCACACUUUUGAGGCACUGAAGAAAGAACUGCCACUGCUGCAGGAAGUGGACAUCCGAUAUACAGAUGCAUGGUAGAAAUAUGCCCACCUGAAAAGAAGACAGAAAUGAAGAGGACGCAAGGAUCAUCAGACCCUAAAUCCUAAACGAGUCGGAAGUCAAAAAUACACGAGAAACAGAUUCUAUUUUCAGCUAUUUAUAGUAGAAUCAAUUAAAUUAAUUAGUCUGAUUAAAAAUUUAUUCAUAAACUUUACUGGGUUUAUGUUUCUAAAUUCUUCAAAUUCUAUAUUAGCAGUUAUUGCUGAAUUGAUAUAUUAAUGUUUUAGUCGAUCAGUUAGUUAGAGAAGCUUUGCUUUUUUUCUGCUGUGCUGCUGCAAUAAACCUCUAAAUGUUAAUUGAUCCAAGUCUAUGUUCGUAUUUUUUUUCGUUCUUUGAAAAUUUUUGAAUUUAAGAUAAAAUGGCUGUAUACAAUUUGCAUGAUUAAAUGUUUUAUUUCUUGAAAAGUCAUCUGGAAUUAUUUUAUUUAUUAGAGAAAAAAUGUAGUUAAUUUUUUUGAAACCGAAAUGAUGAAAUGAAUUUGAUCUUGUCAUUUGAGAUCAGAUAUAUUUUUAGUGCUAAACAUGAAGAAAAGUAUCUAUUUAAGAAUUUUAUAAUGAAACUUGAGCGAUCUAUCAUAAAUAAGGAACUGCUAAUAGUGUGCUUCACUUAUGCUUGUAUGGUUAGGAAUGUAAUUUGUACAAAUUUGAUCUCCAUGGCUUAAAAAACACUGAGUACGAGAGGCCACGAACGUCUAUUUUUAAAGCGAAAUAGGAUGAAACUUCUAUGGGCUCAUUAGCGGUUUGAAAAAUUUGUUUUUCAGUUAAAUUUAUUUUCAAAUUACGUCACUAGUUUCAUUCUUUAAUUAAAGAAUUCUGAGGAUAUUCGGGAGUUCAUGUCAAAAGCUGAGUGCAAUUUGUCAACGGAGAUUUAAAAUAAAUGUGAGUUUUAAUGAUAGCUUUCACAAAAUUAGGCGAGAAAAAAUAGCAGGAAAAUAGAUCGCUUUCAAAGCAAGUUUAACGUCUACUUUUAUUUUUCUACAGUUGGUUAGAGCAAAGUUAGACUCGGUUUUAAUAUUUCUGCUGAGUUUUGUUGCUGCUCAUGAAAAUGGCAUAAUCCCAAAAAAAGCUUAUAGGAAAGAAGGAAAUGAAAGGUAUAUAAUAAGUAUUGUAUCCAAAACUUGGACCAUAUAAAUUGGAAAUAAAUGCGAUUUUCUGAGAGCGAACUUCGAUGACUUUACUGUUGUAAUUUCCAGCCUAGCACCUUAAACGUCUAAUGCGUUUUUUUUAUUUCUGUUCAGUUUUAGAUAAUGUUUGCUUGAUGCGCUCACUAUCAAGUUCAAUUAGUGAUACAUGUAAAGAUUGUUUUUAAUAGAUUUUUAUCUUGAAAACGGUUAACCGGCAAGCAAAUUUCAUUAAAAUCGAGUUUCGAGAUAUCGUUUUUUAUGCUUAACUUAAUGGAAAUUUAUGAAAACAAAAGGAUAAUUUAAUCUCGCCAUUUUACUUGGCGACUGCCAAAGAACUAGUUUGAACGAACACUAAAUAGAUCCAAAACUUGUAUUCGAAAACUGAUUAAAUCGAGUAAUGCCAAAAGCAUGUGUUUGAAUAAACUCGAUUAUUAAUUAAGUUUCAAUUAUAAUUUACAAUAGUUUCGGUACCAUUUGAGUGCUGAUUUUUAAAUCAUGUAUUUUCGAUUGGAUUAUAAAAAUUUUUUUUUCUAUUAAUCUGUUUGAUUAAUCUAAUCGGUAGUGAUGAAACCGCACUUGCGCACACUCCUUGCUCAUACAGUGAACUGAAUUUUAGAAGUCUUCGUGACCUCUAUUGACAAGAAAUUCUCAACUAUUCCCUAACGUGACUCGCUAUAUUUGGUGCUAAACAACAAAAGUAAACAACUGCAGUUUUAAAAAAUAAAAUCUAAAUACUUGAAACAUUUAAAUCCCCAAUGUUAUAUCCGCAUAAUUAUUUUGUCCUCAAUUGAUUUCAACCAUUGAAGUAUAGCCGUGCAUGGAAACGACGUGAAUCUCAAAUGAAAAAUUUUCAUUUUAUCCAAUAAUUUUGAAAAAUAUGAUAGUGAUAUUUUAGGAUGUUUGGGCGUAAAGUUUGGUAACAUGGCGAGUCCAGCUAUUUUUACCCUUUUUUUCUGUUAUGAAGGGGCGUUGACAUUAUUUGUAAUUUCAAGAAAGGCAAUUUUUGAGUAAAUCUAUUGAAGAUGCGUAAAUGAAAUCAAUUACGAUCAAGCUCAUUUCUAAUCGGUUUGCUGCUAUAGAACUCAAUCAAUUGUAGCAAGCGAAUUAUCGAACCGUGCAAUGUGUCUAUUUUUAGAAGAGAUUUCCGGUCAAAAGUGUUUUGGUCUGUCCUUUCCAUUUUUAUCAAGUGCUGACGUGCAGUUGGUGAAAUCAUCAUAAUUAUUGAGAUAUGUUUCAAUUCAAUAAAAGCAGUGCCAUAUAGUCCACAUUUCAUGGUCUUGAUGAUGUAAUUUGAUUUUUUACCGGAAAAUGAGUGCAACAUGCGUACUCGUGUAGUGUUUUGCUAAGUUUCAAAAUUCGGAUCAUUAUUUAUCAAAUUAAUUCAGUAACUAGAAAAAAUAUUUAUGACAAGCAGGAUUUAAUAUUUUUUUUCGGUUAAUUGGGGAGCCCUAAGUUGGAUAGACCCCAAAAUUCAGUCAAAGGGAUCAAAUGAUCAUUACUGGCAAGUAGCAUUGAUAAUUAAGUUUGGUUGAUUGAAGAGUUUUUCACUUAUUCUCUCUACCAUUGCAAAACUAUCAGCUGAGUGAUUCUGCUUUGCUGAGAGAAAUGAACUGACUUAUAAUUUCUAUUCCGCAAAACAAAAAUGCAUUUUGCAGUUUUUUAACCUUUUCAUGUGCAAUAAUGGAAAUAGGUUACUACCUACCAUUGUAAAUAGAAGUAAUUUAUGCGACCAGGAAAUAGACCUGGAGAAUUUCAAAAGGGAGAAAAACUUGCUUUAAAAUUGAGUCCCCUAAAAUCGCCUGAGAUGAUGUUACAUCGCUUAGAGGGAAAUUUAGGAUCUGUAUUGGUAUAGCAACUAACGUCAGAAACAUCAAAUGGUCAAAUGAGAUUAACAAUGACGUCACUUAGAUCUCGGAUGCGUUCGUUUUUUAUGUUAAAUAUAUUCGAUUAAUUUUUAUGUGAUGAUUUUCAGAGUUCACUUUUCUGUUUUCUAUCUUAAUUAAUAAUGUGCUGUAAUACACUAAGCUAGUAGAUAGUUAGCUAACAGCAGUACCCUAAUUCAAUUUUCUGUUAAUUUGUAAAUUUGAAAAUGAGCUUUUAAAAUUAUUUGAUCAAUUUUACGAACAUUAAAUUUAAAUGUCAUAUCUGUACAGAUGCUGUUGUUAAUUCAAUAUUUUUCACAUAA